AUGGCUACUAGAAAAUCACCUGCUCUUGAGACAGACGGUGUCAUAAUGGACUCUCAACGGGAAAAGGGCAUUGUGCUAGACAGCAGCACCCAGUCCGAUGAUUCCCAUACGGGAGAGACUCAAACCAAGGCAAGCGAGAACCUUCCGGCAUGGAAAAUCUUCGUUAUUUGGCUGGCGAUUGCACUUGGUGUUUUGUGUACGUUUCUCGAUGAAGGCAUCAUUGCAACAGCUAUUCCGCGCAUUACGGAUGAAUUCGGUUCCCUCACAGACGUCGGUUGGUAUGGAUCAGCCUACCAAAUGACACUUUGUGCGUUCCAACUCAUCUUCGGACGUCUGUACAACCAGUUCAACAUCAAAAUCAUCUUUGUGAUCUCUCUCGCCAUCUUCGAGAUUGGAUCCCUCAUCUGCGCUGUAAGCCCGAGCUCGGCAGUGUUCAUCGUCGGACGCGCUAUCGCUGGCCUCGGUGCAUCCGGCCUCCAGAGCGGCUGUCUGGUUCUCAUCUCGGCAGCUCUGCCUGCGAAACACCUGCCGACGUACGUAGGUGCCAUCGGCAUGGUCUAUGGCGUUGCCGCCGUUCUUGGGCCGGUGGUCGGCGGCGUCAUCACAAACAGCUACCUCACGUGGAGAUGGUGUUUCUACAUUAACCUCCCAAUUGCCGCACCACCCGCUCUUGCGACGUUGUUUCUGAUCAAGUCGCCCCCACUAACCGACGAGCAGCGGCGGCCUUGGCUGCAGAAAAUCCGGGGCUUGGAUUAUCUUGGCAUGCUCCUCUUACUGCCAGGGAUCACUUCGUUUCUCCUCGCUCUCCAAUUCGGGGGCGCACUGUUCACGUGGGAUGACAAACGGACAAUCGCUUGUUUUGUGGUUGCCGGCGUUCUCGUUGUUGGCUUCAUGGUCGAACAGUGGUGGAUGGGCGAACAGGCGCUGGUGCCACCGCGCUUGGCCAAAAUGCGUAUUGUCAUCUUUGGGGCUUUUUUCGGUUUUUGCUUGGAUAGUGCCUUUUUCACCCUCGUUUACUACGUGCCUCUCUGGUUUCAAGCCAUUCAGGGUGCCACGCCCGAGGAGUCUGGUGUUCGGUACCUGGCCCUUUGCCUAGCUUUCAUCCUGACCAUUUUCCUCAGCGGUUGGGGCGUCACAAAGAUAGGUUACUACCAGCCUUUCAUGCUCGCCGGGACUUUUCUGCUCUCCAUUGGUUCUGGUCUCCUUUCGACACUGAAGGCAUCCUCGGGCGCAAACCUUUGGAUUCCCUUUCAAGUCAUCGCCGGGCUUGGCAUUGGCGUCUCGACACAACAAGCAGCGGUCGCCGUCCAGAGCAGUCUGGACGAGGCCGACGUUGCUAUUGGAGUGGCGGUUGUGCUCUUCUUCCAGUGCUUCGGUCCUACGACUGCCAUUACAAUUGCGCAGGCCGUGUUUGCGAGCACGUUGACAUCGGGCAUAUCAGCCAAGAUCCCGGGCGUUGAUCCGCAAGCUAUCAGGAACUCGGGUGCCACGCAGCUAAGGGAUUUGGUGUCUCCAGACCAAUUCGGCACGUUGUUGCAGGUAUACAAUCAUGCCAUAACGAGAACAUACAUUGUUGCUGCUGCCAUGGCGGCGGCGAGCAUCAUUGGUGUUGCUGGCGUCGGUCUGAAGAAGAUACCCAAUGAGGAUGAUGAAAAGAAAGACACAGAAAGCCAGUGA